AUGGACUUCGCAUCUCUCAUGGCCAAGGAGAUCUCCAAAGCCAAACCCAGCGACGCCCCCAAAGAUAAAGACAAUCAAACUAGCAGCAGCAGCAGCAAAUAUAUGCGCCGCGCCGACGUCGAAGCAGCUCGUGUCGCCGCAUACAAAGCCGAACAAGAAGCCCUCGAGCGCCAACGCGAAGAAAAAGCCGCACUUAAGCGCAAACACGAAGAAGAGGAAGCCGAACGGCGACGAGACCGCGAGGAAAAGAAGCGCAAACUCGCCGAAGAAUCGAAAAAGAAAAGAGAAGCCGAAGAAGAAGCAGCCGAGCGACAACGAAGGAAGAAACUGGGAUUACCAGAGCUGCCACCGCAGCAGCAGCAGCAACAACGGUCGAGUGAAGAAGGGACGCCGGUGCCGGAAGGUGAAGAUAUCAGCGAGGAGGACUUGAUUGCAAAGCUGAGAGAAAUGGCUGAGCCGGCGAUAUUAUUUGGCGAAACGCACAAAGCUCGACUAAAGCGUUACCGACGACUGGUCCAGCGCUCUCUGACACCGCAACUGUCCAAGGGCCCAAUCCCGACCACACUGGAGCUGGUGCCAGAGAAGGAUAUGAAGAUACCGGCCAAGGCGCCUAAGCCUAGUGACCAGGAAGCCAGGGCUUUCCUGUUCCGACAGCUUGCUUCCUAUUUCACCAUGGUUCUGGAAGAGUGGGAAAUUGCGCUGGCCAAGCGAGACAUAUCUGUCAAAGAAAGCUUUGCAGGUCGUCAGGCGUAUAAUGCCAUGGUGCAGAGUCGAGAGAACAUGAGGCCGCUUUUCAAGAAGUUUGAAGGCGGCGAUAUCGACGAAACGGUCUUGGAGGCGAUUGUUGAGAUUGUCCACUGUGCUCAGGAGAGGAGAUACGUUGACGCUAACGAUGGAUAUUUGCGACUGAGUAUUGGAAAAGCAGCAUGGCCAAUUGGUGUUACUAUGGUUGGUAUCCACGAACGUUCGGCACGAGAAAAACUGCACGAAAGCGACAACAAGGCACAUAUUAUGUCUGAUGAAAGCACGAGGAAAUAUCUACAAAGUAUAAAAAGGUGCCUGAGCUUUGCGCAAGUGCGGUGGCCGCCGGAUGAUCAAUUGCAGCUGAUGGGCUAG